CCGACUAUAAGAACUGUUGUCAAGACUUGAGUCUCCUGAUAGUCCUCUGCUCUUAUUCACCUUCAGCUACAGAGUGAAGGCUGUCAAAGGGAAUCGAUGGCCACGAACGGUUUCAAGAAUGAAACCUGUCUCACUACUGUGCCGCACAAAUGCUCACAGAAACCAAAGGAGGUCAAAGGGCGCGGACACUGGGGAUCCAAGACUGAGUUCAUCCUGACUGUGAUGGGAGCGAUCAUCGGACCUGGGAAUGUCUGGAGGUUCCCUUACCUGUGCUACAGAAACGGAGGAGGCGUGUUCUUCAUCCCAUACAUCUUGUUUAUAUUUACGUGUGGAAUCCCGUUAUUCUUCAUGGAGACGGCCUUGGGCCAGUUCACCACCCAGGGUGGAAUCACUUGCUGGAAAAAGAUUUGUCCUCUUUUUCAAGGCAUUGGUUUUGCCAGUCACAUGAUCAUUGCAUUCAGUGCAACCUCCUACAUUGUCAUCAUUGCAUGGGCAUUCUUUUACCUGUUCUUCUCCUUCAGGGCAGAACUGCCCUGGGCUACAUGUGGAAAUGACUGGAACACAGGUCGUUGUUGUUGUUACUCAUGUGUGGACUUUAAUCAAACAAACCGGAGUCUCAUCCUGAACACUACACUUCCUGUUGUAGAGUUUUGGCAGCGCCGUGUUUUGAAAAUCUCAGCUGGUAUUGAUGAGGUGGGCAGCUUGAGAUGGGAGUUGGCCCUCUGUCUGAUCCUGAGCUGGGUCGUCUGCUACUUCUGUGUCUGGAAAGGCAUCAAGUCCACAGGAAAGGCCGUCUAUUUCACUGCCACCUUCCCCUUCAUCACCCUGCUGGUUUUACUGGUGCGUGGCGUUACCCUCCCGGGGGCAAUGGAUGGAAUCAUUUACUAUCUCUACCCGGAUAUCUCCCGUCUUUCAGAUCCCCAGGUUUGGAUGGAUGCAGGAACUCAAGUACUCUUUUCUUACGCCAUCGGCCUGGGUUUCCUCACCUCCCUCGGCAGCUAUAACACUUACAACAACGACUGCUACAGGGACUCGUUUUUCCUGUGCCUGCUCAAUAGCGCCACCAGUGUUGUGGCAGGCUUUGCAAUUUUCUCUGUCUUGGGAUUUAUGAUGUAUGAACAAGGAGUGCACAUAGCUGAAGUGGCAGAAUCUGGGCCAGGUCUGGCCUUCAUCGUCUACCCUCGUGCAGUGGCCAUGAUGCCCAUGCCUCAGGUGUGGUCAGUGUGUUUCUUCAUCAUGAUUAUUCUGCUUGGACUGGAUAGUCAGUUCGUUGGCCUGGAGUGUCUGAUGACAUCAAUCGUUGAUCUCUUCCCAAAUCACUUGAACCGGGGUUUUCGUCGUGAGCUCGUUCUGCUGGCUAUCUGCUUUACCGGCUGUGUUUUGGGAUUUUCACUGGUCACUGAGGGAGGUAUGUACCUGCUCCAGCUGUUGGACCACCAUGUGUGCAGUGGCAGUACCCUCCUCCUCCUCUCUUUCUGUCAGUCUGUCAGCAUCGCCUGGGUCUACGGUGCAAACCGCUUUUAUGAUGACAUCACGGACAUGAUCGGUUAUCGCCCAUACUCAAUAAUGAAAUACUGCUGGUGCUUUGUUACUCCCUUCGUCCUUUUUGGCACUUUUGUCUUCUCUGCAGCCAGAUACUCCCCGCUGAAGUUCAGCAACUCAUAUGUUUAUCCACUCUGGGCCAACAUCAUGGGCUGGUUCAUUGCCACCAUCUCCCUUUCUCUGAUACCACUAUUUGUAGUUUACAAAGUGAUGCAGAGAAAGGGUUCUCUUAAGCAGCGUUUCCUGCAGCUCUGCCAACCUGAGGAUGACCUUUCCUCCGAUCAAAUAUGCCUCCCCCCGGUGUUGACCACAAAGCUCAGUCGGUAAGAAGUGGUCAAAAUUUUGACCUCUGACUCGUAGUACUUAGUGUUUUCUGCAUCACCUUUUUUUUC